CGUACUCCAAAUUGUGUGCGACGCCAGUCUAGUUUCAGACCAGAAAAAUGGGAACGGCUUCGAACUGCAAUCCUGAGAGUUUAGCCCCCUCCGAACCUCCAAACUCUUUCACUGACCUUAUUAAUCUUUAACUUCUCUGUGAUUGAAUUCAAAAGAAUUCUCUCCAAAAAUUAACCAGAAAUGAGUGUUUUCCUGUUUCUUCUCUUUACAACUCAGUUCUUCUCUCUCCGAUCGGCUACCUCGUCGCCGACAGAUCACCGGUACAAUGUGAGAGACAACGUCCCUCUUUUCGUGAACAAAAUCGGUCCCUUGCACAAUCCCAGUGAGACUUAUCAAUAUUAUGAUUUGCCAUUCUGUCGUCCAGAUAAUGUAAUCUCGAAGAAAGAAACGCUUGGUGAAGUGUUAAAUGGCGAUCGUUUGAGUAGUUCUUUGUAUGACUUGAAAUUCAGAGAGGAUAAAACUGGAGUUACCCUUUGUAAGAAAAAGCUUGAAAAGGAUGAACUUUUGCGUUUUAGAGAUGCCAUUAUCAAUGAUUUCUACUUCCAAAUGUACUAUGAUGAUCUCCCAUUAUGGGGCUUUAUUGGGAAAUUUGAAGAACAGAGUUGGAUUCUUGGUGAGAAGAAGCUUAAGUACUAUCUAUUUAAACAUGUGCACUUUGAUGUUCUUUAUAAUGGCAAUCGAGUUAUUGAAGUAAGUGCCUUUAGUGAUCCAAAUCAUGCUGUGGAUAUAACUGAAGAUAUUGAUAUAGAUGUUGAGUUCACUUAUUCGGUUCUCUGGAAUGCAACCUCAGCUCCAUUUGAGAUCAGGAUGAACAAAUAUUCAAGAGCUUCAUUACUUCCAAUACACCAGAAAAUUCAUUGGUUCUCAUUUCUAAAUUCGGUUGUCAUCAUUCUGCUCUUAAUGGGACUGCUUACAGGGCUUUUUAUGCGGCAUCUCAAGAAUGAUUUGAGAAAGUGUUCAAGUGGAGAUGAAGAAGAAGAUAAAGAGGUUGGAUGGAAAUACAUUCAUGGUGAUGUUUUCAGAUAUCCCCAAAACAUGCCCUUGUUAUGUGCUAUCUUGGGCACAGGUACUCAACUGCUGACAAUGGUUUGCUUUUUAUUUGCUUUGGCAUCUGUUGGCAUACUCUACCCUUACAACCGUGGAGCUUUAUGCACUUCUUUUGUCUUGCUUUAUACUCUUACAUCUGUGGUUGGGGGGUAUAAUGCUGCUUCUUUCCACAAUAAGUUUGCUGAAACUGGAUGGAAACGGAGUGUUAUUCUGACCGGGAUUUUAUAUCUGGGUCCAUUGUUUGUGAUCCUGUCCAUUUUGAAUAUCAUUGCCGUAUCCUAUGGGGCCACAGCUGCACUUCCAUUUGGAACCAUUAUGGUGAUUCUUCUCAUACUCAUAGUUUUAGCUGUUCCAUUGCUUGCCUUUGGAGGGGUGAUUGGGUACUGUUUCAGGUCUGAGUUUCAAGCACCUUCUGCUACGAAAAGGUACCCAAGGGAGAUUCCAUCAUUGGGAUGGUACAGGAAAAUACCUUCCCAGAUGUUUCUCGCUGGCCUUUUAUCUUGUAGUGCAGUUGUCCUCGAGUUACACCAUCUAUAUGCAAGCUUGUGGGGCUAUAAGAUAUGCACUCUUCCCAGCAUAUUGUUUGUUACAUUCAUCAUCCUUAUGUUACUUACUGCAAUUUUGAGCAUUGGGAUGACAUACAUUCAGCUAUCUGCAGAAGACCAUCAAUGGUGGUGGAGGUCUGUGUUGUGCGGGGGCUCACCGGCCAUUUUCAUGUUCGGUUAUUGCGUUUUCUUCUUUGCCAGAUCAAAUAUGAAUGGCUUCAUGCAACUAUCUUUCUUCAUCGGGUAUAAUGCAUGUAUGUGCUAUGCAUUUUUCUUGAUACUUGGCACGGUCAGUUUUCGUGCUUCCUUCAUGUUUGUUUCCCAGAUUUACCACGCAGUAAAGAAUGAAUAGACAUGCUUUUUCUUUUUUACAUUUGUAAUGGACCAUCCUUCUUCUUUCCUUGCUUAAGAAGGUAGGGAGGCUAGAAAGAAAGACAGAGAGGAGGGAAAUUUAGUCAUUGCUGUUGUAACAUCUAUAAAUUAAUAUGAUUGACAAAUUUCACAAUUUUUUUUUUUAUUU